AUGCUUCGACGACUAUUCUGCAUCAACAACGCUUCUCGCUCUGAACACUCCCUCGAGAACUUCGUCGCCCUAGAAGACCCUGACCUCGGGUGCUUGGAGAUCACUCAUACUAUCCGGGCUUGUGCAACGACCGAACUGGAUGCCGACUUUCGAGUUGAAUAUACACCGACAUCUGCUGAAGACGACCCAAUAGAUCAAUCCCUUGACGUUGAUAUGUUCCGGGGGCAUGGAAAAGACACUCCUUUCGUUCUUGUAAAAGACGCUCUCCAGGAAUACAAGGGACUUGACACCCGGACGCUCAUAAUCGAUCUCCAGGUCAGGGACUGGGGAAACGGUCCAUCGCUGCGACUACAAGAAGUCAUGGAGACUAUCUCAGCUCAUGUUGAUCCCUUUGCCUUGAAGAGGGUCGUGGUCAAGGAGUCGAAACAGCUUGACCAUCCGACCGACUUCUUAUUCAGAGACACAGACGAAAAGUCGAUUGUGACCUUCUCAACCAUCUUUCCGUUGACGGCCUUUCCUAAUCUCGCCGCUCUGAGUAUCGAGGUGGCCCGCCAAAUUCGCCUCGGCGACGCAGAGCUCAUCCAGCUUGUUCAGUCUCUGCCGGAGCUAACUACACUUCGCCUGAACUUAGCUGGCGGAUGGUGUAGCUUAACGGAUACCCAAUACGUUGUUCCUACCCUUACUGGGUUGCUGACUAUCAUGGAGAUGAGACGUUUCCGGGACAUCGCCAUUACCCUCGAUGGUGAUUCUAUUGGAAGGGGCAUAAAGGAAUAUCGGCUCACGCCUUUGGACCUGAAAGAGCUAGAGAGUCUUCAGCUGGAUUAUUUUGUCGGUAACCAGGUCUUUCAUGACAUCUCACCGCAAUCAAUAGCAACACGUAGGUCUGAGGCAGAAUACGGUGCUAUUCUUUGGUCGGUCAUCGACCCUUUGUUGCUCUAA